CCGGCGAAGCGUAAGUGAGAAAAACCCACGUCACAUACAAAUUGUAGUCAGGAAGGGCGUGAGAAAGUCGGCCGUGAUCAACGUUACUGGAGAAACGCCCGCACCUCGAGUUUACUGCAAGCUUUCCACCAGUGCAGUCCAUCUGAACCCACUACAGCUACAAGCCUAACUCGUUGUCUCUUCUCUGAUCUUGUUUACGCCGUCUUACGAACUUCCAUUUCCCUCGAAUAUAGUUGUCGCAGGUGAACCGGAUAUUCCCCAUCGCCAUCACGCUUAUCUUACGAGUGCAACCCGUUCCUCUUCCACUCCCAUACGACGACCUCGACGACCAAAUUUCCUUGGAUCCCAUUGCGCUCACAUACCCGACGUACUUGUAGGCUAUUCACGAACAUAUAUCAAGCCAACGUCACGCUAUUCUAGACCUCCGUGAUCACACAGAAUGCAGGCUAUCAAGUGUGUUGUUGUGGGUGAUGGUGCUGUUGGGAAGACGUGUCUCUUGAUUUCGUAUACUACAAAUGCGUUCCCCGGCGAAUAUAUCCCCACUGUUUUCGACAACUACUCCGCCAAUGUCAUGGUCGAUGGCAAGACCAUCUCUCUCGGUCUUUGGGAUACUGCCGGCCAAGAAGAUUACGACCGACUCCGCCCGCUCUCGUACCCUCAGACUGAUGUAUUCUUGAUAUGCUUCUCGUUGGUCAGUCCGCCCAGCUACGAGAACGUACGAACAAAGUGGUAUCCUGAAAUAUCUCAUCAUGCACCGUCGACCUCGAUAGUACUCGUGGGUACCAAGCUUGAUUUACGUGAGGACCAACCAACAGUGGAAAAGCUGAGGGAACGUCGCAUGGCUCCAAUCGCCUAUUCACAAGGUGUCCAGAUGGCAAAGGACAUUGGUGCCGUGAAGUACCUGGAAUGCUCUGCACUGACGCAGAAAGGCCUGAAGACCGUGUUCGAUGAAGCUAUUCGGGCAGUCCUGAACCCGCCGCCACCUAUCAAGAAGACGAACCGAAAUCGGUGCAUUAUCGCAUAAUGAUCCGUUCUUAGAGCGUCCUUCGACUUGCGAGGCCCUUACUACAGGAUUCGCAAUCAGCAUACCAU